GGUUUUGCGAGAAGUUUUCUCGCGGUGAAAAUAAAUAUUGGAACAAAGUCUAAAACAAAUUUAAAACCAUGCCCCAACAACCUCGACGCAGUGAGCGCUUUCGUCGCAUCCAAGCACCGGGUGGCCUCAGGACUUUGUUUUUCCUGUAUACAAGGCCUCGGGAAUCACUUCGCAGAAGAGGAGGCCCCAGUGUUUCGGGGCUGCAACUUCAUAUAGUCUCCUCUGCCCUGACCCUAGCCCCGCCCCGGAUGAUACCGCUGUCUAACCGGAACUCUUUGUUUCGGUUAGUCCUGGUGCCACGGCCUUCAUUUGGUAUUGCUCGAAUUGUUCCGCGGUAUGUGCGGUACGUGGACCUGAACCCCCCUGGAAGUACCAGGACAGCCCGUCGACCGACUAUCGCAAACGGCCGCCUUGUAAUGGCCAUGAUUGUGGAUCCUAAGCUGCAUCUUUUGAUGCAAAGGAAUCCUCUUCGAGGACUGUCAUUAAUCCUACGCGUUGCGCACUACUUCGCCACCUAAAAAAUUGUAAAUUGUUGACCAUUGAGAGAUGUUAAAACUAACUAAUGACCUGAUAUACGUAUAUUUCACUUUCCGCGGAGAUUGGAAUAAUUGUAAUUGUACGCAGAGAU